AUGUAUGCAGCAGCAGUACCUGUAGCUGCAGCAGCAGCAGCAGCAGCAGCGGCAACAGCAUCAGCAGCAACGGUCGAAGCAGCAGCAAAUGAAGCAAGAGGACGCAGCAACAGCAGCAACAGCAAAAACAGCAGCAGCAGCAGCAGCAGCAACAGCAACAGCAGCAGCAGCAGCAGCAACAGCAGCAGCAGCAGCAGCCAGCAGCAGCAGCAACAGCAACAGCAGCAGCAGCAGCAGCAACAGCAGCAGCAGCAGCAGCAGCAGCAAGAAACAUACAGUCUGGAUGUUCCUGCUGCAGCAGCUGCUGCUGCACUCGCUGCUAUUGCAGUUUGUGCUGAUGCAGCAGCUUCUGCUGCAGUUGCUGCUGCUGCUGUUGCUGCUGCAGCAGAUGCUGCUGCAGCCUGCGUCGAUGCGUUUGCUGCAGAUGCCUCUGCUGCUGCUGUUGCUGCUGCUGCUCCGUUUGUUGCUGCUGCUGUUGCUGCAGCUACAGUUGAUGCCUCUGCUGUUGAUGCUGCUGUUGUUUCCUCUACGACUGCUGCUGCUGCCUCUCCUGCUGCUGCUGCUGCCGCUACUUCUCUUGCUGCUGCUGCUGCUGCUGCUGCUGCUGCGCUUGGCCUGCAGCCGCAGCCUAACGAGCCGAAUGAACAGCAGCAGCAGCAGCAUCUGCUCUCGCUACUGCAGCAGCAGCAGCUGCUGCUAAUGCCUCAAGAAGUAUCGCUCCUCAAUGCAGCAGCAGCAGCAGAGCAGCAGCAGCAGCAGCAGCAGCAGCAGCAGCAGCUGGAGCAGCUGCUGCAGCUCUGCAGCGUCUACUCGUUAGUUUCGACAACUGUCUUUGCUGUAGCAGCAGCAGCAACAGCAGCAUUAGCAACAGCAGCAGCAACAACAGCAGUAGCAACAGCAGCAGCAGCAACAGCAGCAGCAGCAACAGGAGCAGCAGCAACAGGAGCGGCAGCAACACGAACAGCAGCAACAGCAGCAACAACAGAAACUGCAGCAACAGCAGUAGCAGCAGCAGCAGUAGCAGGGAAAACAGCAGCAGCAACAGCAGCAGCAGCAGCAGCAACAGCAGCAGCAGCAGCAGCAACAGCAGGCCAAAACUGCACAAAUGCUGGAGCUGCUGCAGCUGCUGCUGCUGAGGAGGAAGCAGCAGCAGCAAUAGCAGCAGCAGCAGCAGCAGCAGCAGCUUGA